ACGGGAACGUGUUGAAUAUUGUUACACAAAUACGGCAUGGCGUCAUCUCAUGUCGUUAUUCAGCGAUUCACUCCGUACUUUAAUGCUCGGAAAAUGAGUCAGCCUCUUGUUUCACAACACGGCCCUUUUCUUUAAUCACAAGCCGUCACGUUGCGUUGGAAGCGGCCAUUUACGCAUCUCUGUGCUUUACGACAUCACGGUUAUCAUAUGCCAUGUUGGGGGAGAUGCCGCUUCGUGGGUCAGUCAUAACAAGUCAAAGAGUGAAUAGAGAAUUAGCCUCAGCAAGGUGUUCACCUAAAAGGUCAUCAGGGAGGAAAGCUCGACCUUCACAGGGUGGGUUAAGGCUUUACAUCUGGAGGACAGCGGACCUCGUAUUUCAGUACAUUCCUGGACUUUGAAGGCUCCUGGUCUGAUAGUUUUUGAAACCUUUUUGAGGUGUAGCGCACUGAAGCGGGCCUCAUCACUCACACUCCACCCCUGUCGUUUUACUUCCUGUAACGGCAUGGGUUUUCAGUCAAAUACUGUGCAAACUGUCCUCCUCUUUCCCAUCCACCUUCUGGUGUGGCUGUACUCGGUUAUCUCCUUCUUACCGUGGUACUAUAUCACUGGUGCCAGCAUGAAGAAGACACUCGCCAAGCGGGUCAAGGCCCGGUCCAAGUCAGGCCUUGCAGAAGGACCAUACCGCUCGGUGGACCACUUUGACACGCUGGCCAAGGUAGACUUGCCCGGCAAGGACACACUGGAUAAGUUGUUUGAUUUCUCCGUGGAGCGCUUUGGAAACUCUCCGUGUCUCGGCGUCAGAGAUGUGUUGAGUCAGGAGAAUGAGAUACAGCCCAGCGGGAAAGUUUUUAAAAAGCUGAUCCUGGGUGAUUAUAAAUGGCUCUCCUACAACCAAGUGAACACUCUUGUCAGUCAGUUCGGAAGAGGAUUGGCAGCUCUCGGCCAGAAGCCCAAAAGCAACAUUGCUAUCUUCUGUGAGACCAGACCAGAGUGGAUGAUAACAGCCCAAACAUGCUUUAGGCACAAUUUCCCAUUGGUGACCUUCUACGCCACCUUGGGGGAGGAUGCCAUUGCUUUCGGACUCAAUGAAUCUGGAGUUUCACAUCUUGUUACCAGUGUGGAACUGCUGGAGUCUAAGCUGAAAAACGUGCUUCCGCAGAUCCCAAAACUGAAACAUAUCAUCUACGUGGACCAGAAGACGGUGACCACAGAGGGUUACCCAGCCGGACUCUCUAUCCACAGCAUGCAAGCUGUGCAAGAUCUGGGUGCGCUUCCUGAAAACGUGGAGCCUGAGAUUGUGAAGCCGCAGCCGCCCGACCUGGCGGUGGUCAUGUACACGAGCGGUUCCACCGGCCGACCCAAAGGGGUCAUGAUUGUCCACAGCAAUCUGAUCGCAGGAAUGACUGGCCAGUGUGAACGCAUCCCAAAUCUUGGCCCCAAUGACAGCUACAUAGCCUACCUGCCUCUGGCUCAUGUUCUGGAAAUGACAGCAGAGAUCUCCUGCGUCACCUAUGGAUGUCGGAUCGGCUACUCUUCCGCCCACACGCUGUCUGAUCAGUCGUCCAAAAUAAAGAGAGGAAGUAAAGGUGAUGCCACUGUGCUUCAACCAACGCUGAUGGCGGCUGUGCCGGAAAUUUUGGAUCGCAUCAAGAAGAAUGUGAUGAGCAAAGUGCAGGAGAUGGGUUAUGUCCAGAAGAUGCUCUUCAACCUGGGCUACCAAUACAAAAUGAAGCAGAUCAAGAGAGGCUACGACGCGCCGCUGUGUAACAUCCUGUUGUUCAAGAAAGUGAACAAGAUCCUGGGAGGGCGAGUGCGCUUCAUGCUGUCAGGGGGCGCUCCGCUGUCCCCGGCCACGCAGAGGUUCAUGAAUGUUUGCUUCUGCUGCCCUGUGGGACAAGGCUACGGCCUCACGGAAACCUGUGGAGCUGGCACCAUCACCGAGGUCCUAGACAACAGCACGGGUCGUGUCGGAGCCCCGCUCAUCUGCUGCGAGAUCAGACUGCGUGACUGGGCUGAAGGCGGCUACACCAGCAGAGAUAAGCCCAACCCAAGAGGGGAAGUCCUGAUUGGUGGCCCCAACGUGACCAUGGGCUACUUCAAGUACGAGAGCAAGGAGGAGGACUUCUUUGUGGAUGACAGCGGUCAGAGGUGGUUUUGCACGGGCGAUGUCGGCGAGGUUCACCCAGACGGCUGUCUCCAAAUAGUUGACCGGAAGAAAGACUUGGUCAAACUGCAGGCGGGGGAGUACGUGUCCCUUGGGAAGGUGGAGUCUGCUCUGAAGAACAGCUCGCUCAUAGACAAUAUCUGUGUUUACGCAAACAGUGACCAGAACUACGUGAUAAGCUUUGUGGUCCCCAACCAGAAGCGUCUGAUGGAACUGGCCAAGCAGAGAGGAAUAGCCGCUUCCUGGGAAGAGCUGUGCACACACCCCGAUAUGGAGAAAGAGGUCCUGGGGGAGAUCAAGCAAGUGGCCGCCAACAUUAAACUCCAGCGCUUUGAGAUUCCCGCCAAGGUCCACCUGAGCGCCGAGCCAUGGACGCCCGAGACGGGUCUUGUCACGGACGCGUUUAAGCUGAAGCGGAAAGAGCUGAAGAACCACUAUCUCCACCACAUUGAGAGAAUGUACGGGGGCAAAUAACCUCUCCCAGCCUUGACCACUCGUUACCUGUAAAUAGUUUUCCUGUCAACUGUGGGAUUUCUGUGCUGUCACACCAAUGGAAAUGGGCACAACAGGGAAGUUGUAAAUGGUUGGAGCUGCUGAUCCAUCUGUGCCGCUGGUGCGUAGAAUACGGUUGUCUGAAAAUGUCUGUUGGUACUUUGUUGCUGUUUUAAAAGAAAAAGUCACUCCAUGUGUUGCUAAUGCUAUGUUACCUUCAUGGAAAUCUUAAUGAUUGCAACGCUCUUUUGUAGUUGGAGUACUAAUGUUACUGUGCCUUCAGUCUGCAGCACUUGUGGCGUUUUGAUAAUAGUCCAGCGUUCAAAACUGCCUUGUGAAAAGUUUACAAGAGGUCAGCAACAACCCCUAUCCAGAGAUAUGCUUGAUAACUUAAUUUAUUCUGGCUAAAGUGGUUUUAUUCAUGCCAUUUGUGUAGUCAUGCUGAAAAUAAGACCCAAUGUGGAACACAAACGACUCAGGAAGAUCAGCAAAUGUUUUAUUUAAUCAAACUGCCAAAAGUGGGUUGUUGCACUUGGAGACACGCUCGUCUCAUCAGCAUCUUGUUUUAAGAGCAGGAUGAACCGUGGAUGUGCUUUACGGCAGUAGCAAAGUUUUUCAGCUGACAGUAAUAUAGAUCAUGUUUUUUCUUGAGUUUACAGGAUUAUGAACAAGUUGGUGUAAAGGGGAAAAUGACCAUGUCAAUAUAGGAGUGUUUUAUAUGUAUUUCUAUGUGUGGAAACACCAAUUUAUGGACUUGUUUGUAUAAUGCACAUAGUGCUGUUAGGAUCACAGGCCUUGUUCAAGCUUUUUCCUGAGAAUAAAUACCUUUUUCAUAUUCAAA